GAGCACUUCUCUCUUAAACGCAAGGAACCCUUACAAACAUGUCUACUCCCAACCCCAAGGCUUUCCCUCUCGCCGACGCCCAGCUCUCUCAGCAGAUCUUGGACUUGGUUCAGCAGGCUUCCCACUACAAGCAGUUGAAGAAGGGUGCCAACGAGGCUACCAAGACCUUGAACCGUGGUAUUGCCGAGUUCAUUGUCAUGACCGCCGACACUGAGCCUAUUGAGAUCUUGUUGCACUUGCCUUUGUUGUGUGAGGACAAGAACGUUCCCUACGUCUUCGUUCCCUCCAAGUCUGCUCUUGGUCGUGCUUGCGGUGUCACCCGUCCCGUCAUCUCUUGCUCCAUCACCACCAACGAGGCUUCUGAGCUCAGGACUCAGAUCCAGACCAUCAAAAACGCCAUCGAGCGCUUGUUGGUGUAA